AUGCUGAAACUCUUAACGCUCUUCUGCGUGAUCUAUGCAGCUCAUGGGCUCGUUCUUCCUGCUUCCAUUCUUGCCACCUACUCUGAUGCCUUCGCCAGAACUCAGAUGCUCGCUCUCGCUUCAGCAGCCUACUCCUCUAAUCCACAACACUGUCUUGAUUCCAAAUUCACAAAUGCCCAACUCAAACGACAAAUCUAUGUAAAAAAUUGUGCACUUGUGAACAACGAUGUUUGCUCUGGAUAUACAGCUGUACUCCAUAAUGAUAAAGCUAUCGUUAUCAGUUUCCGUGGAACUCAAGGAUUCUUCCAAUUGAUUUCUGAAGCUAACAAGAGUAUUUUCGAGUCACAAAUGUCUUGGAUCGCAGGAGGAAAAGUUUCGAAAUACUUUGGAGAUGCAUUCUCCAAGGUUUGGGCAGCUGGCAUGAAGGAUGACUUCGCUGCUCUUCUCACUCAAAAUCCAGGAUACGAAGUUUGGGUUUCUGGACACUCCCUCGGAGGAUCUCUUGCCUCUCUUGCCGCCUCUUACGUCAUCGGAACAAAAUUGGUCGAUGGGUCUCGUGUGAAACUUGUCACCUACGGAGAGCCACGUACCGGAAACAAGGAUUACGCCCAUGCUCAUGAUGCUCAACUCGCUUAUUCUUACCGUGUCACUCAUAACCGUGAUGUCGUUCCACAUGUACCAAAUGAGGACUUCGAGGGAUAUUAUCACAACAAAUUCGAGGUUUACUACCGUGAGAACAUGAAGAGUGGAGCCAAAUACACAAUUUGCAAUGGAGACGAGGACAACGGAUGCUCGGAUGGUCUCUGGAUUACCACUUCAAUUGAUGAUCAUCUUCAUUACUUUGAGAAAGAUAUCAGUGCUUGGGGAGAUAAGGGAUGCAACUAG